CAGAAGGAGAAAGCUUAGUGCGAGAGCGAGAAGAGGGAGCAGGGGGACAGGGGAUGCAGCAGAGCAUCAGGCAUUGCUGACAGCACUGCUAGAAGAAACUGUCAGUGUCCCACAUCGUGCUGAUGAAGGUCUGCCUCCUCCUCACUGCCGCUGCCUACGCUUUUCUGGAGGUCUACCCAGAGCAAGCGGAGAAGCUACAGGCCUUUCCUUGCAAAGGGUCCCACUGUCAGAGAGGGAGAGAUGCCAGGGGGCUGGAAUGCCUCCUCUGACAGUACAGAGCUGCCAGCCGCAGGCAUCAUCGUGCCUGUCAUCUUCUCCCUCAUCUUUCUUCUGGGCACUGUGGGGAACGGACUGGUGCUGGCUGUGCUGCUGCGGAACGGCCAAGUGAAGUACAACACCACCAACCUCUUCAUCCUCAACCUGGCUGUGGCUGACCUCUGUUUCAUCAUUUGCUGUGUCCCAUUCCAAGCCACCAUUUACACCUUGGAUGGGUGGCUCUUUGGGGCCUUUGCCUGCAAGGCUGUGCAUUUCCUGAUCUACCUCACCAUGUAUGCCAGCAGCUUCACCCUGGCUACAGUCUCCAUUGACAGGUACCUGGCCAUUCGGUAUCCACUGAAGUCCCGGGAUCUCCGCACUACCCAAAAUGCAGGAGUGGCCAUUGUAGUGAUCUGGUUGCUGUCGCUACUCUUUGCAGGACCUUACCUCAGUUACUACCAGAUUGUCCAUUACCAUGGGGUGCCCAUCUGCGUCCCUGUCUGGGAGGACCAACGCCGAAAGAUUCUGGACAUCCUUACGUUUGUAGUUGGAUACCUCUUACCCGUGACUGUAGUGAGCCUGGCAUACGCCAGAACCAUCAAGUUCCUGUGGACCUCUGUAGACCCUAUAGAGAGGAUCUCAGAGUCCCGGAAGGCCAAGCGUAAGGUCACCAAGAUAAUUGUGGCUGUGGCCAUCCUGUUCUGCCUCUGCUGGCUUCCACACCAUCUGGUUAUCCUGUGCUUCUGGUUUGGACACUUUCCUUUCAACCGAGCCACUUAUGCCUGCCGACUGGCUUCCCACUGCAUGGCCUAUGCCAACUCCUGCCUCAACCCAAUCGUCUAUGCGCUUGUCUCCAAGCAUUUCCGAAAGCGUUUCAAGCAGGUCUUCACCUGCCUCUUCUUCCAGAACAAGAACAGGAAGAAGAGAACUGGAAAUAAAGUCCAUAUGGUCACUGUGGGCAAAGGUUUCACUAACAGCACUGGCGGCUUCUGUGGAGGCAACACUGAUCUGACUCAGGUCCCAAAGGAGAGCAGUAGGAAGAGGGACCAUGCCAGGGCAUGGACUCACCAGCCACAAGAAGUUCAGAAGGAGCUGCUGGAGGAGAAAAGCUUGGUAACAGCUGGCCAUCUCCUAGCCAAGACCCCUCCAAGAAGGCCUCAAGAGUGCCUGGCUGUUGAUUACAAAUGAGCAAACGCAUCUAGGAAUGGCACAAUCCACCACAUCAGUGCAGAGCAGAGGGACACGUUAAUGUGAUGACAUUUCUCAUGGUUUGAGGGUAGUCCAAGUUCACCUUCCCUUCUCUGGCUUCUGCAUCCAGAUCAAAGAGGGCCAAUGCUCUUUACCAUGCUGAGUCUGUGCAAACUGCUUGGUUAUACAACCUCUGCAGAACUCACUGGUCAAACCUCAAUGAUACCACCAUGCCAAAGCAGGCGAAGAACUGAAGGGCUUGCAUGCUGACACCUCUGUGUGCCCUUCCUGUGCACCCAUGGCUUCUCUGCAGCUCAAAGGGGAAAGAACCGUCAGUCCAGGCUCUUCCCUUGUCCCUGCCCUUCCAGAAAGUACUCAAUGGAGGUUUCCUAGAGCUCUGCCCUACUUAGCCUUUGAUCUUGCAAGCAGAUACUGCAGGACACUGUCCACUUCCUUGUGCUGCUUCCAGUUCUGAAAUAUUUCUUGGUUGUUAUCCUCAGUUCUUCCCAAGCAACCCCCACAAAUCCUCCUCCCACCAUGUUGUUCCAUCUGAUUAAUCUCUGCUUUAUUUCUGUUCACCUUUUGCAAAUUCCUGAAGGACUGCUGCCUCCUCUUUGUUCUUUACAUGGAGUUUCAUCCCUUCCUUCAGGGGCUGUCGCUCUCUGAGCAGUGAUGUAAUUUGGCAGCAUUAGCGCUGUUUGUGUGCUUUACUGACUUGGCAAGAUAUUCUUCUCCAUGAAAUGAAAAUCAUGAUUGCACUCAUGGCUCAAUCUUAAAUCCUCACUGUUCCUUUCUAUGUGGCGGAGAGAGCUUCCAGGAGGGUGCAAGGCCACCACCACUCAAUGGGUUGGAACAUCUUCCUCACUGCAGGAUCGCCAUGGGACUGAUGUCCUCCUGGGAGUGCAACUUCCCAUUUGUUGUUCCUCAUUGGCCCCCCUGCUUUGAGCAGCUGUGGAAGAGACUUUGGUUAUAGUUACUACUGAAUGACACCCUGUAGUAGUACGGUCCCAAACCUGACCCUGGGAAGAAUGGAAAUGGGGGAUGGGGAGGCCAUGAAAUCAGGUUCGCAGAGGGUGCAGGAAUUUCUCCCUUUCUUAACCUGAAUAAACCCCAGCAAUUUCCUUC